AUGGCACCCCUCACGCAACUCAUCGCGGUACUUGCCGGACUCGCAACACUUGCCACGGCAGCGCCCGCCGACACCUCAGAGUCCACGCCGGCCAUCAAAUCCGUCACCUUCUCUGGCAACGGCUGUCCGCAAAGCAACUCGCCCCGCGUCACCGAGUCGGACAGCGACGGUCUCUCUUUCAGCUUUGACGACUUCCAGGCAUCCACAUACCCGGCAAAGUCGCGCACGGCCAACUGCCAGGCCCACAUUAACACGGCCGGAGUCGGGGCCGGAUGGCAGGUUGCCGUGUCCGAGGUACUGGUGACUGGCAAGGGCAAGAUCGCAGCCGGCGACUCGCUCGACCACUUCACAACUGUCUUCUUCUCACAGCAAGCUUCAGACACGGUCUCGUCGCAGGGGACGUUCCGCAACGGCAAAAGCGUCGACAGCAGUGCCCCGGAGGAAAUCCGCGCGGCACCAAGCACCUUGUGGAGCUCAUGCACCACCAGGUCUGAUGGGGAUAUUCUCAACGUCAACUUCAGGGUCGCUCUGUUGGAUCAAGGCGCGAGCAACUUUGAUGUCAAGUCUGAGAAUUCGCAGGGUCCAUUUAGGCAUCAAGUGGCCGCUAAGUGGGUGCGAUACGUCAGAACUCGCCGCCGUCACCUCCAGCUGAAAUUCAGAAAUGCGCCUUUUUCAGUGAUGGAAAAGCUACCAGAAUUAUACAACUGCCAGCUAGCAUACGCCUCCACCGUUAAUCGCUUCAUCUGUUCUCUUGACUCUACCCCCUCGCCAGAAGACAAAAUGCCAAAAUCCAAACGCCCUCCAACACCGACGGACGAUUCCCCCAGCGAUGACGAACUCAUCGACACGACAGCCAGACUUGAGCUGCACUCGCGCAGAACGGACCGCAAGCAGAAGAAGAACCAAAAACGACUUGAGAAGCUCGCCUCUCGGCCCAAGGUCAUCAUGGAUCUGCCGCACGAGCUCUUGAUUGACAUCUUUUCCCUCGUCCGGCCGAGCGACAUGUACGCGCUCAUGCGAGUCAACCGACCCCUCCACGACUUUAUACGCGCCGAAAGCGAGACCAUAUCCCGGCGGAUCAUCAGCCUACGAUACCCGUGCCUACAGAAAUGCUUCCGAUUACCCGCCAGACUGGCCGAUCUCGACGACACGCAACGCGCUGCCGUCAAGGCCGACGUGGGCGGCGGACAGAUGCGACUUGUGGCGCAGAAGGACGACCAGCAGUGGGAGCGCGGGAACCAGCCGCAGGAGGAGCAGGGACGACAGCGUAGUCGUGGCUGGGGCAGGACCUGGCGGUUGUACAACCACCCGUCACACCUACCGCAUGUUGGACGGCCCGACCCAGACUCGCUGUGCGACUGCGUGACGUGCACCAUACGCUGGAUCGGGCUCAACAUAAUCGUCGACUUUGCCUACUGGCAAAGCCAUUUGGACGCUGGGGAGCCUAUUCCCAUGUUCAAGUCGUGGCAAGCUCCUCGGUGGAACACGGAGCUUGUGGCACGGCACGCGGCCAUCGUCAACAAGGCUGUUGUAGACCGGGACCCGCUGUGGUAUGCCCGCAUCCUCGAGCUGCACCUGGCCACCACGGUCCGAUCGAUCCGGAGGCACGCGGCGAACAAGGGAAACAAGAGAAGGCGUUACCUGCUUACGGACGAGGACGCGCGGUCCGAGACGGAUGCUUUUCUUGAAAGGAGCGGUCCGCCCACCAUCGAUUGGCCGUAUCAUCGCGACACCUAUUACAUGCUCGAGGCGUAUGUUCCGAAUCGAAGCUGGAGUGGCGACGAAAAGAAGUAUCUCUACGUACCUGCCGAGCAGCACGAAAGGGAGGUGCAAAACAUCAUUGCGAAUACAGUUUUGCAACAACCAAGGGGGCGCGGAGACUCGGAGGCAAGCGAUGUGCGGGCCCCCUGA